CUCGCCGGUUCCAGAACAGCUGCGCGUGCGCGUGUCAAACCUGUCAAAAAAGAGACAAUCGUCUAAAUUGUCUGUCGUAUCUCGUGCUCCGGCUUGCAGCGCUGCACUGCAAGUUGUCGGGAUCCCCCCGCGCAGGGACUAACUCGUUUGAGCCUGUGCCGUGAGUCUUGAUUGUAGUAUCGCCAGUUGCUGUGCUCGGCGUUACAGCGUCUUUACGAAGACGCCCGCGCGUCUCAGGUCAUUUGAUUUGAUCCCAUAAGCCAGAUGUUGCUCCCGCACAGUCUGUUCCGCCGUCGGCUGCGGCUGAUGCUGCUGUCCGCCCUGGCCUUUGCAGCAGCACUCUUGUUCUUCUCCGGCGGCCAACGGAAAGAAACUCCCCAGUUUGACGCCCGACUGCUGGAGCAGCAGUAUCCUUUAGUAUGGAGUCGCAUUCACUCGUUCGACGGAGUUGGAGGAGCUUGGUUCAUUCCUCCGGGUUGGCUCGCCGAUGAUCAAAGGCCGCCGGAAAACAUUGUCGAGGCUGCCAUUCUGGCGUCCAAGGCCGCCCUCCUCGCACGCGAACGGCAGGCUGCCUUUUCCAACAUUCCUCUACUGAUGCACCAGACCGGAGCUUCGUCCAAGGUCAACACAUGGAAGCCUGAUGUUGUCCCGUGGGUCGAGCAAUGGCUCGAGUAUUCCACGUCUCCUGACAACAGUGCGCCUAUGGCAUACUUCUUCUGGGACGACGAAGGAAUAGCCAUGGUCAUGGACAAGUAUGAAAAGGAGUUUGUCGAGGAUUUCAACUCCAUUUUCACCCCCGUCGAGAAGGCAGACAUCUUCCGCGUCCUAACGUGCCAGUAUUUUGGAGGCGUUUAUGCCGAUAUUGACACGGAGCCUCUCCGUCACCCGGCGGAUUGGGUCGGCCCGUCAGAUCUUGCCCGGUGGAUUGAUGAUAUCACUGGCAAAAGCUAUGGCUUCAAGAAACCUGAUGAGGAGGCUGCUGCUGAUGGCAAACAGCCCGUUAACCUUAUCUGGGGGCUUGAGGCUGACACAGAUCCAAACACAAACACCUAUUGGCGGAUGGGAUACACGUAUCCGAUCCAGCUUACUCAAUGGGCGCUGGCGUCUGCCCCUGGCCACCCAGCCCUGAGGCAGUUCAUGGAGAAUCUUCGUGCCGAAGUCCACCUCCAAAAGAAUGCGACAACGUAUGACCCUAACAGGGCCGACCCUCUCACUCGCACAGGCCCUGCAGCUGUCACAUUGGCUACUCUCCUGUGGCUGGAGCGUGACUUUGGGUUCAGAUGGAACGCCCUGACAGGGCUCAAGGAUGGGGGCAAAUCAAAACUCGUGGCUGAUGCUUUGAUUUUGCCAAUCACAGGCUUUAGCCCCGGUCGCGGAUCAUACGGAAACAUGGGCUCGAAGCCUAUUACGGAUCCAGAUGCUCGGCUUGUCCAUCAUGCCUUGGGCUCCUGGAGGAAAUUCGAUCUGCUUGUCGAGUACGGCAAGUUCUGCCGUACAGUGUUUGGUCUGUGUAAAGACUGGACCAAAGUUCCGGCGCCACGUCCACAAAUCGGACUAUAA